AUGCAGCGGAAUGCAUUUAUGACAGACUACCCGGUGAGACACGCCGCCGCACCACCACAACCACAACCACAACCUCCCGCAUCUUCACAACAGCCACCUCGACAACUCGAUAUUCAACAGCCAAAGGCAAGAAACCAGCCACAGGGUCAGUUGGCUGCCCUGAUGCGAGGCCGCACAGGCGAUGCUUCCGGUGAUCCCGACUUUUUCUUUGACCCCACAAGAACAGACCAUGAACAUCGUUCAAGCAGUGCUCCUCCAGAUCAACAUUUACUUUAUUUAACUUCAUCUACUGCAACAACGCCUAUCACUGCUUCCGAUGCUGGUAUUCGUCGUCAUUGGGAUCAUCAUCAUCAUCAUCAUCAACAACAACACCAUCAUCAUCAUCAUCAUCAUCCCAUGGUUACUGGUGCUGGUAGUGGUGUUGCUUCUCCACUUUAUGAUUCAGCACGUCAAGCUUGGUCCUCUACUCCAAGUCAUGUGGAAGCAAACAAGGCACUUGAUUCAGAUGCAGGUUAUUUCGAUGCCUUUUCUCCCGAUCAUUCGCGUGAAAGAAUGUGGAACAAUCAUGGAACUUCUUCUGGUUUGAUGUCACCCAACUUGUUUGACGGAGGCGAUCAAGGGGGACCAAGUCGUUCGGUGUCACCCUUUGCACCUCUCAACAAGCAACAACAACAACAACAGGAUCAAUUCAUGUCACGAUUCAAUACAGCAGCGGGUGGUGCUGGUAGUGGUAAUGAUAUGGUGGAGCCCCAACUACGCACAGCCAUGAUGAUGCAAUCAUCGUCAGCAAGUACCCGUAGCAGUGAUUAUCGUAACCAUCAAUUUCCACCUACUUCAAGUAUGAUGACGAAUGCAGAUUUUGGAAUGUCGGUAGCUGGAUAUGGUAGUGGUCAGGAUACAAGUGGAUUUCGGGCCUAUGAUGAUCCAUCAUCUUUUGGUGUUCAUCAUCCUCAUCCUCAAUUCCAACAACAGCCGACAUCCCCUCCUAUGCCUUACAAAUUCACAGCGUCUCCGCCUCCUCGUGCAAAUUCAACACCGCCAACGAGCCACAUGGCAACACAACAACGCAAGGAUGUUCAAGACUAUAACAACUUGGUCUUUGGUAUGGGUGCACUUGGAUUAAAUGAUCAUGUACCCAAUGAACAACCAAAAAUCAACCGUAUGACACCACAGCAACAACAACGUUAUAUGCAAUGGAUGAAUCGACAAGGUGGCGGUGGUGGUUCCGGUGGCGGUGUUAAGCCACCUCCACAAAGCUUGGAUGCUAUGCUCAAUGAUGGUUGGCCAAAUCAAACUAGUGGUGUCAUGUCUCCUGUGAGCUCUCCAUUUGAUAUGGAUGCAAGACAUGGUGCUGUGUCUCCACCCAUGUAUGGUGGUCUUGGUGAUCUUGGGUUUGAUGAUAGCCGUGAUGAGCUAUUGAUGGAUGCUGCACGUCAACGUCAACGACAACAACAACGUCAACAAUUGAACAAAUUUCCAUCCACACCUUCAUUGUCAGGAUUAGCCAAUAUGGAAAAUGAUCAUGCAGCAUGGGCAGCUGCAGCUAUGGCUGGUAGUGGUAAUGCAAGUCCUGCUAGUGCAGGUGGACCCAUGUUUGAUCUCCCAGCAGCAGCCACAGAAAGUGAUCGACAACUCUUAUUGCAACUUCAAACACGUCAACGUCAAAUCAUGAUGCAACAGGAACAACUUUUGUUUUUACGUAAUCAAAUGCUACGUCAACAACAUUCUCAAGAGAUGUUGCGCAACAUGGCAGCUGCUGCAGCCACAACGCCUUAUGGUGCUUAUGGUGGAUCUGCCGCUGCAGCAGCCGCUGUGGCCGCCGCAGCCGCAGCUGGUAUGCGUGGUGGUGCUGGUGGUGCUGGUGGUCCUCGUGUGGUGCAUGAUCCAUCGGUGGAUAUCAUUCGUAGUCCUUUGCUUGAAGAGUUUCGAAGCAACAAGAAUCGCAAGUACGAGCUUAAGGAUAUUGUCGAACAUGUCGUUGAAUUCAGUGGUGAUCAGCAUGGUUCCCGUUUCAUCCAACAAAAACUUGAGACAGCCAACAGUGAUGAAAAACAACUUGUCUUUGAUGAAAUCUUGCCCAAUUGCUUGCAACUCAUGACCGACGUCUUUGGCAACUAUGUCAUCCAAAAAUUGUUUGAACAUGGCAGUCAAGCUCAAAAGAUGGUGCUUGCUAAGCAAAUGGAAGGUCACAUUCUAUCCUUAUCCUUGCAAAUGUAUGGAUGUCGUGUGGUACAAAAGGCUUUGGAACAUGUGCUGACAGAUCAACAAGCUGCCAUGAUUCGUGAAUUGGAUGGUAGUGUUUUGAAAUGUGUCAAGGACCAAAAUGGCAACCAUGUCGUGCAAAAGGCAAUCGAACGUGUUCCUUCUCAGCAUAUUCAAUUUAUCAUUGACACCUUCCAUGGCCAAGUUUAUCAUCUUGCUACCCAUCCCUAUGGCUGCAGGGUCAUUCAACGCAUGUUUGAACAUUGCCCUGAAGAACAAACGGCUCGCCUUCUUGAAGAGCUUCAUUGUUGCACCAGCCAGCUAGUACAAGACCAAUACGGCAACUAUGUCGUCCAACACAUCCUUGAGCAUGGCAAAGAAGAGGACAAGGAUAUGAUCAUCGGCAAGAUCCGUGGUCACGUGUUGCAAUUGAGUAAACACAAGUUUGCAAGUAAUGUGGUCGAAAAAUGUGUCGCUUAUGGUCGCACAGAGGAUCGUCGUGCCCUUAUUGAUGAGGUGCUGCAAACACGACCUGAUGGAUCUUACCCCCUGCUUACAUUGAUGAAAGAUCAAUACGCCAAUUACGUGUUACAAAAGAUGCUCGAUGUCGUUGACGACAGUGAACAACGCAACCUUUUGGUGACCAAGAUUCGUAUGCAUUUGCAUUCUGUUCGCAAAUACACCUAUGGCAAACAUUUGACUCAGAAGGUAGAAAAGCUAUUACCCUUGAGCGGUGACGUUCAACAACAAGAACCCAAUACUUCAACCAGUACAAAAACGCAAGCUGAUGCUUCUGAAACUACUACGUCCCCAUCGACAACGAAUGGAACCACUGCUACAGCCACCACCGUAAUGCCCACAGCUGACGAGAACAACAGCAGCAACAACACUACUACACAGUAA